GAUUUGAGUUCGGGUGUUUGAGUACUACGCGUAAGGACCAAGUGUGCGCGAAAGAGAUUGUAAGAAAAAGAGAUUUACAAAACACAAUAAAAAACUCGAAUAUAAAAAUUCUAAAUGAAAUUAUUUUUACCACAUUUAAGCACAUUGGUUGUUCCAAGUUAAAUACCAAAAAUGUAAUACAAAUCAUGUUUUACAAAUAAAAAAAUUCUUUUUUGGAACAGAGAGAGAGAGAGAAAUCUCUCACCGCUACCAUUUCUCGUUAUCUACGGAUUUACAACCAAAGAGAGAGAGAGAGAGAGAGAGAGAGUGUGAGAGAAAGUGGAGGAGGAGAGAGAACGUAAACGUGAUUGAAAUUUUUGCACAAAAGGAAAGCACCGCUUACGCUUUACACGCGCGCGUGGGAGAAAAAGAGUAAAUCAGGAAGCAGAGAAUCGCAAAACGAAGCAGCGCGUAAAAAUAACAAACAAAAAUACAUGCCGAGGCGUAUAAAUAGAAACAGCGUGUAAAGCGCAACGGCAAAAAAGUCAGUAGUAUGUAGUAAUAGUAGUAGAAAGAGAAGGAGAAGCAAAAGGUGGAGAAGAAUAACGAGGUAGACGUCGGCUGUGACGCCUACUGCGACUGCGGCGUCGUAGUAAGUUCUUUCCCCCUGUACGUGUGCGCUGCGUGGGUGCAUUGUUGUAGUGGUGUGCGUGUGGCAUGUGCAGCGGAUAAAAGCAAAGCAGAAAACCAUGAUAAAGUUUGUCAGGCAGAAAAAUCGCGAAAAUACACUAAGGGUAUCCAAAAAUUUUAUGCGUAAAAAGCGUGAAUCGAAUGACUCAGGCACCGAAUCUGAUGGUGAACUCCUCGAUGUGGAAAACCAACGUUACUUAGACGUGGAUAUGGAAACUAGUGUUGCUGGCCAAAAACCAAUAGCUUCUGCAAUGAUGUGUCACCAGCAGACGUCGUCAUCCUGCGCCCAUCUCAUGUACGACCAGCACAGUUCGGAGGAGGAGCUGGAGGUGAUCAAUGGCCCGUCCUCGCAGGGUGGGCAUGGUCAGCAUCCCGGCGGAACGACGGCCACGGGCUCCUCGUGUGUCUCCCGGAUCUCGAAUCGCGGAUGCACCUCCUCGCUGGACACGGAGGCGCCCUACGAGGAGCGGGCCACCACCUCCAACUCGAAGCGGUCCAGCUCCACGCUGAUGGUGGAGAAUCGCAAGCGUUCGCUGGCCCACAGCUCCGACGAUGAGUUGCGCAACUCGCUGGAGCCAAUAUUGACGCCCGUGAAUUUUCGCACAUCGCCGCCAUUGGAGGCAUUCAAGCCAAAUCGUAGCCAUAUGAUGUUCCGCUCCACAACGCCACUGAUAUUAUCGGAGGCCCGAUGUGGCAUCGAAAAUAUUAAAUUAUGUGAUAAUAGUGUAAACGAGGAGAAUGGCGACAACGGUGGCGUGGCGGCCAAUAGCAGUAAGUGUGCUAAGAUUGGUGCGGCCAAUGCUGGUGGUGCAACCAGUGGUGGCAAUGAAAAUGAGCCCAACGCGAGCGCGAGUGUGAUUAAGGCGUGCAGUAGCUCGCUAAAGAUGAGCAACAGUAGCCAUCACAUAUACCAGCCGCAGCCCAAAUACAGUUUCCACUACAAUAGCUCGCGCAGCAGUCCGGCCAGCACCACCGGUUUGGAUAUGGAGGUGAGAUCGGUGAGUCCGCCGGCGAAAUUGUUCCACUGCGCCAUAUCGCCCAGGCGGCGACCCAGUAACAAUGCCAGCGGUCCAUCCGUGGGCGCCACAACAAUAUCACCAUCAUCAUCAUCAUCAUUGGCAUCAUCGUCAGCCACAACAACGACACACAAUGCUGCCAAUUCCGGGGGAAAUGCCGUAAAUGCCGGAAAUGCCGCCAACGUCACCGCCGCCGCCACACAGAGACUGCAGCGACCGCAUCGGCCGUGUUUAGAUUUUGAUAAGAUGCAGCAGGUUAGCCUCUAAUGCAGAGCACGCUAACACCAGAUCAGCCGGAAAAGGAACAGAUUCGUGGGAGCAGAAUGGGGGGCAAAUCAAAGACUUUUUAUACGAACCAACAACAACAACAAACACAGCAACAGCAGCAACAACAACAACAACAGCAACAGGCCAUUAAACCAGAAAUUGGAGGACUGCUAGCUACAGGUAGCAGCAUAUUCAAGAACUCAAAAACAGCAAGAAAGAAAUAUCAUCAAAUCAAAUUCUAUAAAUCUAAAGGUAAUUCAAAUUUUAACGCAAACCAACAAAAAACCAAAAAAAUGAAAAAAACACAGAAAGAGAGCAACCUAAAAUUUACAAUAGAUGCAGCUAUUUUUUCACAAUUUUAAACUGAAAAACUGUAACAAAAAAGGCAAACGACGCGGGGAUCGAAAGUUUACGAACAGAAACAAUAGAUUUAAAAGCUCCCGGGGGGCGUAAAGCGGAUCGAAAUAAAUAUCGUAGGGGCAGGGCUGUAAAGAUAGAUAUUCUAUAUGCAAGCCAUAUGGAGAGAAAAAGGAUCACAAAAGUUGAUUAAAAAUAAACAUAAGUAUAUGCUCUGGGGGUGUGUAAAGAAGAGGAGUAACGAUUUAGAUGAUAAAAGGCCAGCCAGUGGAAACUGUGAACUGUAAAUAUUGUAUUUGAUUGGGAUAAACCAAAAAACUUUUGAAGAAUUGGCAUGCCAUCGAAAGACGAAGGAGGGGGGAAUAGAAAGUAUUUUAAUUUUUUUAGGAAGCCGACAAAAAGCACUGUUUGGUGAUGUGGCAAGAAGACUCGAAACUUGUAAAAGAGACAAAUUAUAUUUCUAUAAAAUGAAGGAAGGCAAAGAAAACUGUGAGCGGAAAGCGUGAAAUUUGGGAAAUCGGGAAAUAUGGAAAGGAAAUAGCAACAGCAAAACAUGUGAAGCAACAAUAGAAACAGAAAAAAUAAUAUAAAAAAAACACAAACACAAACAAAACUUUUUGUAUAAGAAACCAGAAACCAGGAGCCGAAAAAACAAAACUGUCGCAAUGUCAGUUGAAAAACAAUUAAAAUAUGUGUUUUAUGUACAACAUAAAAUAGCAAGCUAUUUUAUAAACAAUAUUCAAUUUAUCCACAAUUAAGUGAAACGACAAACGAAAAAAUAAAACAAAAACAAAAACCAAAAAGCUGCCAUCAACAUUCAUGCAUUCGAUUAAAGCUCCUUAGUUUAACCAAUAUGAUUGAUGAUUGAUGAUUGCUUGAUGGAAAGACUAGUAAGCGCAACAAUUAAACAAUUGGCAAAUGUUUGCAAGCUCAUAAUAUGUGUAUUAGUAAUACAAUUCUUUGUCAAGUUAAUGAAAAAACCAAACGCAGCAAGUAAACCCAUACCCAUACCCAUAUUCAAUUCAAUGAAAACCAAACGAAAGCGAGAAAACUAAAACCAGUAAAUGUGUGUGCAACCAUAGCAAAGCAAAAGAAAAACAAAACAUACGUUUUAAAGUACCAUAUAAUAUGUAAAAACCAAACAAUGAAGCAAAUCCAGAGCAAAAUAUUCUAUGUAAUGCUAAUUUUAAAUCAUAUAUUUACUAACGCAAAGCAGGCAAAAUUUGAGUUAAAUCCAAAAGUAGUCAAUACUAAGUUUUGUCAAUAACCAUCUCAUGCCCACUAAAUGUUUCACACACACCCACAUACCACACUUGGAACACUCAGAACACACAAAACACAACAUUCAACCUACCAAAACAGCAUAAUCCACACCACCAAGACACCAAGAAUAAUUAUAAUAAUGGAGGGGAAUCGAAAUCCAAAUCGAAAUCGAAUCAGAUGGAGAAAUUCGGGCUGGGAGAUGAGAAGUGCAGAUAAGAUACUGAUACUAGGAAUGCAGUUUUCGUAAUUUUUAAUUAAUUAAUUAAACACACAAAAAAAAAAAAAAA